AUGGGAAGCACGAGCUGUGCUUCCAUUUCCAACUUGAACUUCAUUCGGAGUCGCAGCCACAAUUGCUUCCAGCGGCUUGGGCCAAUCAGAAACCAACUGGAUUCUGUUCGAGUCCACCAUUCGAGGAGGCCAAGACUGGAGCUCAAUGGUUUGCGGAGCCGGAAGAGCUUACGAAACGACGUAGUCUGCUUCGCUGUUGAUGACGAUUUGAGAGAGAAGCAGCAAGAGUUUGGCUCUGGGUCUGGGAUUGGCUCCGCCGUCGAGGAUAGGCCUGCUACUGAUGUGGUUGAUGGCUCAAAAGAAGAGAAUGGAAGUGCUAUUUACAAUUUUCUAUAUCCUAGUCAAGAGCUCCUCCCGGACGAUAAAGAGAUGAGUAUAUUUGAUCAUCUGGAAGAGCUGCGUCAGAGAAUUUUUAUAUCAGUUCUAGCAGUUGGAGUUUCUAUGUUGGGAUGCUUUGCAUAUUCAAAGGAACUUAUAAUAUUUCUCGAAGCUCCUGUUAAAGACCAAGGUGUAUCAGGAUAUUGCGGCCUUCUCUUGGGGAGCCCCAUCAUUCUGUAUGAGCUUAUAGCCUUUGUUCUUCCAGGAUUAACGAGAGAAGAGCGAAAAUUUCUGGGGCCAAUUGUUUUGGGCUCAUCAGUACUUUUCUACGCUGGUAUCAGCUUCUCCUAUUUUGUUUUGACACCAGCAGCCUUGAAUUUUUUUGUUACAUAUGCGGAAGGUGUUGUGGAAUCGUUGUGGUCAAUUGAUCAAUACUUUGAGUUUGUACUUGUGCUCAUGUUCAGCACAGGCUUGUCUUUCCAGGUUCCGGUUAUACAAUUUCUCCUGGGACAAGUUGGUCUAGUAUCAGGAGAUCAAAUGCUGUCAGUUUGGAGGUAUGUUGUGGUUGGUGCUGUUGUGGCAGCUGCUGUGGUUACACCAUCAACAGAUCCACUCACUCAGGUUCUUCUAGCAGCACCCCUCCUUGGUCUGUACUUUGGGGGUGCCUGGGUUGUUAAGCUUACUGGCCGAUGA